AUGGUUUCACUACUUCAGGAUCAAUCUAAUAUUAAAUUUUCUUCUUCGGACACUUUGGAAAGGGACCAACAAGAGGACCUCAUGAAGACACCGGGGGAUUCAGUAUCCCCAAUUCAGCAAACGGAUAAUCCCAGUUACAGCUGCCAACCGUACGAAUCAGACAGCAGGACAGAAAGGAAGAGCUCCGAGUCCUCCCACAGCCCCAGCCCUGCAUCUCCAGCCCAGGAUCAGCUCCUUGGGAGAUAUCCCCCCAGCCAAGGGAUUCACUGCAGCAAGAACAAAUUUCAGGUCUCCUUCAGCACAGAAAAAUUCCGGCGGUACAGUUAUGAGGAAAACACUGUAGGAAACUACGACAGGUUCCUCAAGAGCAGCAGGAACCCCUUUCACCCCUACAAGAGGCAGAUCAGUGAGGAUGUCUUCCAGGAAGCACAGCAAGCCCUUCCACCUGAAGGUCCAUCUUUCAAAAGCACCAGAAGUAUUGAGGGUUUUGAGGGUCUCCCAGGAUCUACGGGCCCUGAUGAGUCAGAGUCAUUUCCAACACACCUUCCAAACAUCUCCUCCGAGCAGCCGUGGUGUAACAGCCUCCAGUACAGCACCACAGGUCAAGAUCACAAUUCACAAGUCAUGCAGGAUUCAGACCUCAAGCUUAGGACAUCCCCACUGGAAGGGCAGCCUGGGUUGUACUGCUAUCAGCCCCAAGUGCAGCAGAUGUACUGCUCCUCACAUCCCUUCCAUCAGUACCCAUCUGGAGGCAGCUACCCGGUGACCUACAUCACCUCUUCGCACUACCCCUACCAAAGGAUUGCUCCUCAAAGCACUCAAGAAUCCCAGCAGCCUCUAUUUCCCAAGCCCAUCUACUCCUACAGCAUCCUGAUCUUCAUGGCACUCAAAAACAGCAAGACGGGCAGUCUGCCAGUCAGCGAGAUUUACAAUUUCAUGACAGAGCACUUUCCUUACUUUAAGACAGCCCCGGAUGGCUGGAAAAACUCCGUGCGCCACAACUUGUCCUUGAACAAAUGCUUUGAGAAAGUUGAAAACAAAUCAGGCAACUCUUCUCGGAAAGGCUGUUUGUGGGCUCUGAACCCGGCCAAGAUUGACAAGAUGCAGGAGGAGCUGCAGAAAUGGAAGAGGAAAGAUCCAGUGGCUGUGAGGAAGAGUAUGGCAAAGCCAGAAGAGCUUGACACGCUGAUAGGCGACAAAGGUGAAAAGCUGCGAUCUUCCAUCAUGUCGUGCAGUCCUAACGGCGUUGCAGGUGCGUCCCUCUCCAGGCAGAUGGCAGUCCAACCCCACUCCUUGGGCGAGCCCUCGCUUUCCUCUGUACCACAGCCUCUGCAUCCCAUCCACACAUCAUCAGGAGCUCUCCAUGCCAAGAACACGUUGCCAAACUUGCUCGGAGGGCAGCAAACCGCAUGCUACACCGCCCCACAGGGCUUCCCUCCAAUCUCAAGCGCGUUAAUGCCUCAGACACCAGACCAUCAGACAAUGUUUCCUUCUGGGGAGGCUCCAAACGAACUGCGGGGUCAACCCAGCAUCACCCAGGACUCCCCACUGCCUGCCCAGACCCCCCCGAGCUGCGGCAUGAAGGUGAUGACAGAGCACUGCACAGCCCGCACGGUGCCCGACCCUCUGCUGCAGGAGGGGGACCUCAGCAACGACAUCGAUGCUCUGAAUCCAUCCCUCACCGACUUUGAUCUCCAAGGCAACCUGUGGGAGGAGCUGAAGGAUGACAGCCUAGCUGUGGACCCCCUGGUUCUCAUUUCAUCAUCCCCAACGUCUUCCCAGUGUUUCCCUUCUCAUUGCCAGAUGGAGAACAGCAACACAGCCGUCAUCCCACAUGGAACCCCACACAGUAACCUACCCGACCUCCAGCUCACUACUCUUUACUCUGCCUUUAUGGAGUUGGAUACAGUGUCUCCUGCCUACCUGAGUAAUCCUGGAUCCAAACCUAUAGCACUGAUGUGA